AUGUGCUAUCCGACCAUUUCUCCACCAAAAAUGGAUAAGACUUUGGUAUGGCUGAACUGCUUCACAAACCUCCACGUGCCCCACCACCUCCCUUCAUCACCAACUGUCUCUUCAACUUCUCCAUUGCCUCCUUCAACAACAAGAAGAGCUCUCUCUUUGUCUAUCAUUUCCUUCGCCACAGGGUUUUCUAUACCAACCUUCUCAUGUUGUCCUCCUGCUUAUUCUGCUACUUCAACUACUGACUUCUUGGACCUCCCAAAUUCUGGUGGUGUCAAGGCCUUGGACCUUCGCACCGGUUCUGGCCCGGUCCCCAGCGAGGGAGACCAGAUUGCAAUACAUUACUAUGGAAGGUUGGCAGCAAAACAAGGUUGGAGGUUUGAUUCAACUUACGAUCACAAAGAUGGUAGUGGUGAACCUGUUCCUUUUGUUUUCACGCUUGGUUCUGGGAAGGUCAUUGCUGGGAUUGAUAAAGCUGUGAGAUCAAUGAAAGUUGGUGGGAUUCGUAGGGUCAUCAUUCCACCUUCACAGGGUUAUCAGAAUACUACUCAAGAACCUGUGCCUCCCAAUUUCUUUGACAGGCAGAGGCUGUUUACUACCAUUUUCAAUCCAACGCGUCUUGCCAAUGGAGAAGGCUCAACAUUGGGAACUCUUUUAUUCGACAUCGAGAUUGUCAGCCUGAGGAGUCAGUGA